UUCUGUCUCUGAUUAUGGCGUCUACUAUCAGUAGGAAAACGUCCUCUAAAAAACGUCAAAAUGAUUGCACGAAUCGGCCAUUGUACCGUGAUGGACGGCGUGGUACGGCUGUUAAGGUAUUCACAAUUAAUCAGGAAUCCCGCUAUCUCCUUGUUCAUGGAGUCCCCGACAUCAACGUCACAGAUGAACUUCUGAAGCUCUUGUCUCUCUACGGGAAGAUAGAGGAAUACCGUACACUUGACGAGUCAGACGCAGAGGAGUUCACCAAGACGCACUGGAUCAAGUAUGCAGAUAUCUCUGCUGCUAGAGUUGCCAAGCGGAAGAUGGAUGACUCUUCAUUCUAUGGGGGUUUCCUACAUGUCACCUAUGCUCCUGAGUACGAGACUAUCGAUGAUACAAGGAAAAAGCUCCAACAAAGGAGAAUGGAUAUAGCAAGAAGACUGAGGAAACUCGCCCAAGAGAGGGCGUCUGAUGAAGCUGGCAGUUUGGAAAUUGUUGAGGCAUCAUCAUCCACACUGGAUACAAGAGAUCGUCAGCUUGAUAGACCUUCACCUGUGACAGCUUGGAUGCCAACUCCAGCUCAAGAAGCCCAGUCAUCAGCAAGUUCUGAUCCUCCAAGAGCAGCUGCAGGAGGUGGUGUCGAUGCGCGCUAUGGACAUGGUCAUUCUGGAAAUGAACUUGGAAACCCUGAUCAGCAGAAUGAGCAGAUUCCCCCGUCCCUCCCCGAGCCACCCCGAAGACUACCUCCCUGGCAAUGGGACAUUCCUAGCCAGCCAGAGUUCCCAAGACUGAGGACUAAACAUGACACUCUUCCCGAUGGAUUCAAUCCAUUCCCUGAUGGGGGUGGUAAGCUAAAUCAAGAUAAGAUGGGACCCACUCAUCAGCUUCCAUCAUCAAUAUCAGCAGCACCUUCAAGUGCCUUCAUUGGACCUUUAUGCCCCACGGUGGGUGGUUCAGUCAACCCAGCAUUAGAUCCAGAUUCACAAUGUUCUCUGCUGCAUGGACAGAGUUUUAGGGACCCUGGUGCAAGACCAAAACAGAGGUCCAUCCCUUCUCACUCCGGUGGUCACCUUGAAUCCGCAGAUCACCAACAAACUGAUCAUCAGCAUGGUCAGGUAGUUGGAGGUACGGAUGGUGCUCAAACUGGACAAGUUCAAGGUCCUGGAUCCCACGCAGGCUGUGCUGGUGCUGAAUAUUCACAGAUCGACCAGAGACCUAAGCUGGUGGGGAGAAGGAGAUUAGGAUCCAACACUUCAGGCUCUCCUGACAAGCAAGCACAUGUGGCACAAAGCAAGACACCAUGUGCUUCUGGUCUCUCAAGCCAGCCAGUCUUUUUUCCUCGUGUCGUCAGUACUAGAACAAAGCGGUCAGCCUCCAGCAUAGAGGAAGAUGACCAACAGAGUGACCACCAAAGCUCUCCAGCAACAGGGGACACUUCGUUUGAUAGGACAGUCAGCUCAGUACGUCAGCAGAUGUCCCAGGUAUCCCAGGCAGUCGUGAGUAGUACAGGUCCUACAUCUACCAUCCAAAGAAUACUGAUACAAACCAGAAACCAAGAAAGAAUGGGUCUGUUACCACGGAGGCCACCUACCAAGAGACAGAGAAUAUGACACCGCGGGACACACACAUUCCAGUGUGGUAUGGUAAAAUGUCAGGAUUAUGUUGUCAGUGUAAACAUGCUCCCAUUAGUCUUUCUAUCACAU